CAAAACUGGUCCUCUCUCUCAGAGAAAUGAUUCGACUGCGAAAGAAAUCGGUGGAGUUCCUUAUUCAAUCUUCUCAGCAACUCCAAGCUACUCCAUUAGUGAAAUACACUGCUUUAUCUCUCUUCGCUGACCGAUUUCUCCCCUCUGUCAACACUUUAUUAAAGCAGGGAAAUGAGUUGGGAAGCUGGCUUCUACGAUCCAUGGAAGACAGCAAUUUGCAGUUAUUUGCCCUCAUUUCAAUAUGGAUCUCAAGUAAAAUACACGAUUCUCGUGCUCUGUCUGUUAAAUCUUUAAAGCCAUUGGGAGACAAGUUCAUUAAGGAUCAACAUUUUACAACUAGAGAUUUUCUUGAAGCAGAGGUGGUCUUCCUUCAAGUGUUGAAUUUUGAGAUUGGGACAUCAAAUGUUGCCUUCAUAUUCCUUGAAGAGCUUUUUAUUCGGUUCAAGAGAAUGGCAAAGGUUGGGGAACUGGUGAGCUUUGAAGCAUGCAUGGAUGUGAUGGAUCUUCUUUAUGAAAAGGAGGAGACGUCAAUUCUUUUUAGUUCUCCUCGUUCUCUUGCUGCUUCCAUCUUGGUUACUUCAUAUGUGGUCACAGUCCCUAAACAACAGUUUGAGUUUCCUGUUCUUCCUUGGGUAAAGUUUGUAACAUCAUACAAAGAAGAGGACAUUAUUGAGAAGGUCAAGGACAUUCUUAGGCAUGUGUUCGAACCCCAUUGCUAGCCAAGGUUUCUGUAGAGAAAGCAGCUUCACGGUAUGUCUCCACUAAACUGCCAAUGAUGAAUCUGGAUGAUCCCCUUUAAUGAUAAAAACACUUCAACCUAAGCAAAUUUUCUUGAUAAUUCAGUGAAUGGUUGGCUAGAUACAAUGCAUUUACCCUGUGUGAUUGACAUUAGAACAAGGUUACCUUUUUUUUUUUUAUUCUGUAAAGAUGGAAUGUAAAGUUGGGAUAGGAACAUGAAAUUGUGAAAAGGAAUUGGGGGACCACAUUUCCUUAAAUCCAAACACAGCUUUCCUAACAAAAAUCUGAUCUGAUUGCAUGCGGGUUCUACCACACGGCCUAUUGAUUCUAUUAGAUAGAAACAUAUAAGUAUAUAUAUGCAGCCUCUCUCACCUUUCUGCUGUGGACUCCAUUUAUUAGAAACAAAGGGGAGAUGUGGCAAAUAC